UUUUCAUUCCUCGAGACCGCUAUGUUCCUGAGCAACAACGAAGAAGUGGAUUUGCUGGACCGACUCCGCAAGAAGGACCGCGAGAAGCUCCGCGAGAAGCAGAAGGGUCAAAUGCCGGUCAUGGACCUCGCGACGCUUACGCAGAUCUGCGUCGACAACGACGGCUACGAGACACCCGAGCUCAACGACAACCUAUUUGCGCAUUUCAAAGGCUUCCAAAAGAUCGAGGGUCUCGAGCCGUUCUACAACCUCAAGGCGCUUUGGCUCGAGUCCAACAACCUUCGCAAGAUUGAAAACCUCGACAUGCUCCAACAGCUUCGGUGCCUCUACCUCAACAAAAACUUGCUCGAGAAGGUCGAAAACUUACAGUGCCUCCGCAACCUCGCCACGCUAGACCUGAGUGAAAACAGCAUCUACACGAUCGCGGGUCUCGAAUGCCUCGACCAGCUCACGUCGCUGAAUCUCGCCAAGAAUCGACUGGAGCAUGUGACGGACAUUGCUGCCUUGACGCAGACGCCGUCGAUUACCAACUUGGAUCUGAGCCACAACCAGCUAUUAGAUCCCGGCAUUUUGUCAGUGUUCGAGUCCAUGAUCCACCUUCGCGCGCUGCGCCUCACUGGCAACGAGGCCGUCUCCAAGACCAAGUAUUUUCGAAAGACGUACAUCACGUCGCUGCCGCAGCUGGGAUACCUCGACCGUCCGAUUUUUGACCUGGAGCGCGCGGCUGCGGUUGCUUGGAAAGCGGGCGGCGCGGAGGCCGAGGCGCAAGCACGCGCCGCGUUCGUUCAAAACGAGCACGAUGAGCGCCGCCGCACGCUGCAAGAAUUUCGCGACUGGCAAGCCGAGAUUCGAGCCAAAAAACAAGCCGAGCUUCAGCAACGUCAAGCUGUCGGUGACAUACCUCCUAUCCAAUCCCACGGGGCCGUCCCUCCAUAUGACAGCAAAAUGCAAGCCCAAGCCCGUCAAGAUGCGCUGGACGAGAGGAUGAACAUCCAAGGCGAUGGGAUCAAGGAGAUAGGAUCAGCGUUCUGGGCGACGGAGGCCCAACGCAAUAUCGAGGCGCCUCUGUCUCCCGAGGAAGCCGUCGAGACCGCGCAAGGAUCAGGUGCUGUCGACCAGGAAAAGCCCGAGACGGAAGAAACAGUGCAACAAAAGGCACAGGAAGUGCCGGAGGUGAAAGCGCUUGUCAAACAGCUAGCCACGACCAGCGUGGACGAGCAUCACUCAGCCGAAAUGGAAACCCUCUCGUCGGCCAUCGACCCCGUGUAUUCGAACUCCCAAGAAGUUGCUGUGCUGCCGCCACCAGCACCCGUGCUCCGUGCGCAGAAGGACUCUGUACCUGCCUACGCACCGCUGAUGGCUGACUCACAAGUCGUAACGACGUCCAUCCCCGCAACCGACGCCCGUCCUGGGCCAGUGGAGCGAGAAACGUGGGAGUCGUUGCAGCAAAAGGCCAAGGUUGCUCCCUACUUACACAAGCCACCCGUGCUGCCGUCGUGCCACGAGCUCUCAAGCGACGACGACGACGAAGACUCGAGCGUCCGCCCCAAGACACGGUCCGAACUGCUUCAAGGUCUGCGUGCGCGCCGCCCGUUUACAAAUUUGAGCCAAUUGGACUAAUGACUCAGGGUACAUGAACGCUUCGACAACUUUUAAAACGAAAAACACUCACGAUUCUAGCCACCUAGCCACCUAGAAAGAGUACGUAAACGCAAUUGAGUUUGUGUACUCUUGCGCCUAGUCACCG